GAAGAGCGGUAUGAACAUGGCAGCUUCUAUCGAGUUUAGAGUGCCUCAAAACAAUCCAAUAAGAGCGAACCUGCAAGCAAAGAAAAAGCUGCCGCAGAAAACGCGAUCGAAGGGACAACUUGAACAUCGAUCUUCUGCAAUCUUGCCAUUUUCGGCUUGGGUAGAACCGCAUCGUGGACCAACUCAUGGAAGCUCACUUGGAGCCCGUGAAGAAGAACUCCGACUCAGAAAAGUUAUACAAGAAAAAGAAGAAAGGCUCAAAGAAUUCCAACAGGUGGUAAAAGCGAGAGUCAGAAAUAUUGAGCAUAUGAAACGAGAGGAGCAACAUGGCAUGUCGAUGGAGGCUUUUGAAGUGGAGCGCAAUGUUGUGCGCCAAAGUUCCUUACCAAGUACUAUCAGACGGGACAAUUGUGUUUAUCGCGACCAAUCUGAGCUCAAAAUCCAAAGGAGCGUGACUCGAGAUUUCACAGCAGUAGAUACUGCAAGUCAGCUAUUGGAUGAACAUGCGAAAAAGAUCAGAAAUUGCUCGAAACAUGCGAGGAAGGUUCUCAGUUCCAAAAGUCUUGGAGCAGAAGUUGAGCACUAUAGUAAACUCCUUCCUGGAGGCUUGUGGCGGACGUCUCCAACUAAAGAUCAUGGUUUAUCCAGGCAGCCAGUUUCUAACUCAGAACAACAAAUUCUCAGUAGUGAUUCAUUAAAAGAAAUCGGUGAUUAUUGGAUAGGAGAAAAUGCCAUACAAGAUCAAAGUUUGGACAAUGAUCACUUCAUUCCAGAGAAAGGUCUGCCGGUAAGUGGAGACCAGGCAUCACCUGAGAAACAUGUUCACUUUGAACAUGGCGAGAAUGCAGAGAUUGAAAACCAGGACUGGAAAAGCCAGCUUCAAAAGAUUGAUGAUGCAUCGGUCAAGAAAAAAGACAAUUAUGUUGAAAUGCUCUUACAGCCCUCUAGGCUUUUGGAGGAAAAGAGGGCACAUGCAAAAUCUCAAGUUGCUGUGUACAGGAGGCUGUUUAUGGACAUUGAAAGGGAGCAAGUGAGGGAAAACAUUCGAAUGAGGGAGCAUCGUAAAAGAAUGGAAGCUCUGAAAGUUGAAAAAGAAGUUGAACGCCUUGAGGUAGAGCAACAGGAGGUUGACAAGCUAAAAAUGCAAAGAGUCAGAAAAGAAGAGGAGUCUUUUCUCAAAGCUCAAAAGGAAAAGAAAAAGGAAAUGGAUUUGGUUAGGAGACAAAAAAAACUUCAAAAAGAGAGGGAAACAGAGAGAUACAUUGAAGCUUUACAGGCUGUUUUAAGAGACAAGGCCCAAAGCAGGAACAUUGUUCUUCCCCCCUUGUGUUCCUGCGGGCUAACAAUCUGGGACACGAACCCUGAUACUUGUGCUAACAACUGUGUUUUUUAUAAAAACCCGAAAGCUUAUGCUAAAGCUUUGUCCACAGUACUGGCAUCCUCAAACCUUGAUUGAUUAUAACAAAGCACUCACAGAAAUACUGUUAUAGGCCUUCAUUACUCUGACAUCUGUAGAAGAUCAAGAAGUCAGGGUUUUCAUUAUGAAAAAAAGAAGUAAGAGAAUACUGUAAAACAACUGGUGAAUGUUCUUCCUUGCUAAAUGAGGAGGAGCUUAUGCAAUUAAAAUUUACCCAGAUAAUUUUGUGCAGCAGAUGGACAAUUUUCCAAUCUUUAACACCCAAUGAACAGCCAGUCAAUGAGCAGUGAUAUAAAACUAGAAAUCAUCACCGGUUUAUAUUUAAUUACCAAAAACUUCAGGUGCAGAAUGAUGUUGUCUGUGAGAGCAAAAAACUUUUUCAGCAAACUGAAAAAGGUGUCUGCUCUCAAGAGUAGAAAAAGAUGCAACAGCAAUCAAGUCUAAUUUCUACAUUAUAUACAAGUAGACAAAUGAUCAUCAACAUCUCCACUCAAUUUUUCUAAUCCAGGUAAAGGUAAAAUUCUUAUACGUAGCUUCGCACACCUUUCACCAACUUGCUUUGAUUGCUGGCCUGAUCUAUCAGGCAAAGCUGCUUGUCUACCUGAGCCAGAGAAAGCCUGCUUGUAAGCUAUCUUAUACAUUCUCUUUGUCAACCAAUCUCUAUCUUUUAACCAUAUUUGUGGGUAAAAAUGAAAUAUAAUGAGCUUACCCAG